GAACUUCACCCUCACGUAAAGCAUCCGGCCAUUCUUCCUAAAGGGCAUCAUAUAUCACGUUUACUCAUAAAACACUUCCAUGAAAAGGUGCAACAUCAAGGUCGUGGCAUGACCAUCAAUGAAAUCCGCUCCAAUGGCAUUUGGAUUCUGGGAUGCAGUAGUGAAGUUUCAUCUCUCAUCUACAAAUGCAUUAAGUGUAGGAAGCUGAGGAAAUGCAAUCAGGAGCAAAGGAUGGCUGACCUGCCAUUAGAAAGAAUGGAAGCUACUCCUCCGUUCACCUACAGUGGCAUGGACUGCUUCGGUCCGUUCUAUGUUAAAGAGGGACGGAAAGAGUUGAAGAGAUACGGACUACUUUUCACCUGCAUGUGUUCACGAGCUGUUCAUCUUGAGGUGCUGGAUGAUCUUAGCACUGAUGCCUUUCUUAAUGCACUGCGUUGUCUUAUUGCUAUACGUGGCAAUGUUAGUCAACUGCAUAGUGAUCAAGGUACCAACUUUAUGGGUGCAAAGGGAGAGUUUCUGAAGUUGAUGAAGGGAAUGAAUCAAGAACGUGUGAAAGAGUUAGGCUGUACCUUUGUCAUGAACCCGCCUGCUUCCAGUCAUAUGGGUGGUGUCUGGGAGAGACAGAUUCGGACUGUAAGGAGUGUACUAACUUCCAUUCUAGACAAGUCUGCAGCAAAACUAGACAGUUCUUCUUUAAGAACAUUCAUGUAUGAAGUAAUGGCGAUCGUGAAUAGUCGACCGUUGACCUCAGAACACAUCAACGAUCCUGUGGGACCGGAACCAUUAACGCCGAAUCAUAUACUAACAAUGAAGUCCACCAUCAUUGCACCACCUCCUGGGGAGUUUGUAAGGGAGGAUCUUUAUCUUCAGAAGAGAUGGAAAAGAGUCCAGUUUCUGGCGAAUGAGUUUUGGACCAGAUGGAGGAAGGAAUACUUUGUUGAGUUUGCAGCAGAGAAGUAAGUGGAAUAAGAGCAGGAGAAACACCAAGAUAAAUGAUAUUGUUCUGCUUCAAGAUGACUUGGCUCCACGAAAUCAGUGGAAGCUAGCUAAAGUGGUAGAAGUCUUCCCUGGAUCUGAUGGAAUGGUGAGAAGACUUAAACUUCUGGUUAGUGAUGCAGCUCUAGAUAGCAAGGGUGCACGCACAAAUAAGCCAGUCUACUUAGAAAGACCCAUACACAAAACAGUGUUACUACUUGAAGCUGAUUAAAGAGUUGGCUUGGAUUAGUGUUUAACUGUGUAGGUCAAACGUGUACAGAUACUUAUCCUCUAAAUGUUUAUAAGUUCAUGCUGAGUUACUGAACUUCUAUUAAGAAUCACACAUUGUGUGAUGGUGGGAGUGUGUUUGCUGUCACAAAGCUUUGGAUGUCCACAAUGUUUAUUUCCACUAGAUGGCGCUUGUGUACUUCAACACUCAUUUAUUUCAGCAACUUUGAAUCAGUUUAAUCUGUACAUUUUUAUAUUUCAACUAUUUUAUAAUGCUUGUUGUGAUUAAUAUACUCAACUGUUGUACAUUUGAGCAAUAAUUCUUUUUUCUAAGAGUUUUAUGGAUAUAUUUGAUUUUGUUCCCAUCGUGUCUUUGUAUGUCACUUCCUGUUUUUGCCAUGGAACAACGAGUCAGAACUGCGGUCGGAGUUUACAAUUCUCCUGAUUAUAUUAAAAGAUGUAAUCGCAAGGUUUAAAGUGUUUAUCAUUAUGAUAAGUCAUGCAAUCAAGAAGCUUCAAGAUGUAACCCCCUCUCUUAGCUCACAAGCAGGCAAAAGUGUUCUACGGUGUUGAUGUUGAUGUCUGAGUCCAGAGAGCAUUAAACAUCAGUUAAAAGAACCUCAGCCUUCGUGUUGUGACUAAGAGCGG